AUGCUGGCGCCAGGCGCGCACGUACCGCGUGCUGGCGAUCGAGACGUCCAAGCACACGCUGGACUCUGCGCACGCCGGCGGAGUGAUCCCCACGGACGCGGCAGUGCACAACAGGACGCAGGUGGCGGUGCUCACGAGCGAGCUGCUCAAAAAGCACGACUGGACAGGCCCCAGCCGGCCAGAUCUCGUCUGCGCGACCCGGGGCCCCGGCAUGGUGGGCUCGCUCGUCGGCGGCUACCAGUUGGCGCAGGGGCUCAGCAUCGCAUGGAACGUGCCGCUCGUCGGCGUCCACCACAUGCUGGGACACCUGCUGACGCCGCGGCUCGCGUCGAACGGCCAGCAGCCGCAGUUCCCGUUCCUCAGCCUCAUGGCCAGCGGCGGACACACGAUGUGCGUGCUGAGCCGCAGCCUCGUGGACCACGAGAUCCUCGUCGACACGAUCGACAUCGCCGCGGGCGACGCGCUCGACAAGUGCGGCCGCGAGCUGGGAUUUCGCGGGAAUAUGAUCGGCAAGGAGCUCGCAGCGUUUUUGGAGCAGCACAGCCACGAAUGGGGCCAGCCGGUCGACUUUGA